UGGCGAGGGCACAGGAGGAGAAGGUGGGACCCCGUGUUCAGGUCCCAGGGAGAUAAAAUCCCAAGGCCAAGCCACUGGGCCAGCAGUCCUGGGAGCGGGGAGCAUGGCCCGGCCCUUGGAGGUGCUGCUCGUCUGGGCCUCCCUACUCCACGGUGCGGCAAGCACUCCCUACGAAGGUCAGCACCCACCAACCGCAGAUUCUAUAAUUCACUUUCCAGAGGUGGAAGACGGCCGCUGCGUCUUCCCGUUCCAGUACCGGAAAGAGACGUUCCACGACUGUAUCAGCUUCAACGCGAGGCACAAGUGGUGCUCUCUCAACGAGACCUACAUGGGCUACUGGAAGUACUGCACCAAGGCGGACUUCGCCAAGUGCGUGUUCCCAUUCUGGUUCAGGCGCAUGAUCUACUGGAACUGCACCCAGGACGGGAACGACUUCGGGAAGAAGUGGUGCUCCCUGACCCAGAACUUCAACAAGGACCAGCUCUGGAAGUACUGCUGAGCGCGCGGGGGGCGGGACCGGCCUGGGGCUGAGAGCCGCUUCCCGAAAGUGCAGGGCGCGGGGCUUCUAUCUGCAGCCGGCUGUGUGCUCAGACCCUGAACACGGCAGGCUUUGGGUGGGCAUCACCCCUACGCGGGGGUGGGGCACCCUCAUAUGUGCCACUCCAUGCUGCUGUGAAUUGCAAACUGCAGUAAAAAUAAUAAUAAAGUCUAUCAAAAACGC